CUGGAGGCAGGCUCCCGGGUAGGCUGGAAGGCAGGCUCCCGGGUAGGCUGGAAGGCAGGCUCCCCGAUGGGCUGGAGGCAGGCUCCCACCUGGGCUGGACCGCGGGCUCCCAGUUGGGCUGGAUCGCAGGCUCCCAGCGGGCUGGUGGUCGGUAGGCUCCUGGCUAGGCUGGAAGGCAGGCUCCCCACUGGGCUGGAAGGCAGGCUCCCCGAUGGGCUGGAGGCAGGCUCCCACCUGGGCUGGACCGCGGGCUCCCAGUUGGGCUGGAUCGCAGGCUCCCAGCGGGCUGGUGGUCAGUAGGCUCCUGGCUAGGCUGGAAGGCAGGCUCCCC